AUGCCCACCAGCGCAGCUUCAAAACGCAUGGCGACUCGACCUAAGAAUGCAACUCAGCAUCCAGGACAUAUUCUGACUGGGGGCGAAAACCGUACAAAAAGACGUACCAAAGCUCAAAAGGCCGCCGACGACCAACGUGAAGAAGAGGAGAAGAAGGCAAGUAAAGCAGCUGUACUGGAAACUAAUAAGCGCGUUGCGGCAUUUCAUAAAAAGAUGGAGACAGACCAAGCUGCUGCGCGUGCUGAUGCACCUAAGCCUAGUCGUCCUCGUCCUCGUCCUGUGAAAAAGGCUGUGAAAGCUCCAGAGACCACCGACUUGACUACGGCUGCCGGUAAGGCUGUUGGCGCUAUAGGCAAUGGUGGCAGGGCUGAUAAAUCAGCAGCCAGUGCCAAUAUUGAGCAUCCUGGGAGUGAAGAAGACGAGGAGUUGGAGGUGCAGAUGCCAGGAGCACGCAAGAAGAAGGGAAAGAGGAUGGUGAUCCCAGUGAAAACACCUGUGAGAGAUGCGAUUGAUGUGGCGGGUGCCCUUAUCGCCAACGAAUCAACACAGGCACGUGAUGAUGAUAGGUCGUCUGACUCGGAUGUCUCUCCACCUGGUUCUAAAAAAUUCAGUCAUAUCGGUCGUAUCCCGAAUUGGAGGAUGCACAUUCACAUUAGAAAGCCAUCCUCCGAGUCCAACUUGAAGCACCGUGGGAGAGCUUCUGGAGCGCCUUCUACUACUAUCUCUAGUGCCACUCCCUCCUCUAAGCUCACCAGGGGGAGCACUUUGAGUAGUGGUGGUGCCUUACUCACGCCUAUCGAUACUCCCGAUGCUGGGGCCAACGACGUGUCGGAUCUUUUUACAACUCUGUUUGCAGACGACGAAUUAACCGACUCAGUCGAGCGCUCUCAAGCACUCGCUCGUAUGUCAAAAUCAAAGGCUUCUCAGGGUGUCAAAAUUUCUCAAAAGGUCUCAGAGAAUUCUCGACUUCAAACGAAGUUACCCCAUCGCAAUGCCAAUCUGGCACCCAAGCAGCUCGACCCGAUUGAGCCUGAUGUCACCGCGGAUGAUGGUGCCUUCAAUCUCGUGGGCGAUGAUCUUGAAGUGAAUGCGGAGACUGCUCCUCCAGUAACUUCCCUCGUUGACUAUGAUUCCAAUACCGAGAGGGAAUCUGAUCUUGAACCCCCUCCUUCUGCACAGGUUCCAAAAGGAUACUAUGAUGCCGACCGGCCUCCACAUCUCGCUCCAUCCUACUUAUCCCACCCUACCAGCGUCAAGCGCAAACUCGUAGAUGCUGAGGAUGACAUUACUGACGAUGACUUGAUUGAGGACACUCUAAUCGAGGACAACCUCAUGAUCACAGAUGACUUUGCGAUCGAGGACGACCUCAUGUUAACGGAUGUGAUCAAGGACGACAUCAUGAUCGAAGACGACCUCAUGAUCGAAGACGACCUCAUGAUCGAAGACGACCUCAUGAUCGAGGAUGGCCUGGUCGACGAAGACUCACCCUCCUCCGAAAUCGAGUUUGUGGCUCACGUCGAGCCUGUGGUCAAGACUGUGGUCAAGACUGAGUACAAACCAGUGUCCUUGCGGUUGACUUCUAUGGUAGCUGGUCCCGCGAAUCCGUUAGAGGUGACAGUGGAGAUCCUCCCCCGUUCUUCAUAUAGGAUCAAGCAUCUUCCUGGAGGACCUCGGGCAGUGGCUAGGUGGAGCACAACCUUCAUUCCCACUCUCAUUUCUGCUAUCGGAGACCAGGAAGAAGUCUGGGGUCGUAUCGAGUCGGAAGCAACGUUCCACGCUACUAUACAGGACACCUGGGAUGCUGUCCAUGAAGAUAUCCCCCAUAUCGUCACGAAUGAUGGACCCGUUAUAGCUAUAGCUCUGCAACGGCUAUCAGAGUGGCGCAAUUGCAUUGGCACCACGGCUGUCACGGUAUACACAAACUUCCUGUCGUUGCAAGAUGAUGUCAAGACUGAUGAAGAUCGCAAAGCAUUUUCCGAGAGCUUACUUGUCAAGUUAGCGUUCCUGUAUGGGAACAUCCCGGAGGAAGGGAAAUUGGAGAACCCUUUCGAGUCUGAGCUUAUCAUUCAGGUGGAACGUGCCAUCCGCCUUAUCGCUUCCGAGACGCUUGUCAGCGAAUUGGAGGCGAACAGUAAAGGCAAGGCCGUCAAGGUCCCUCACUCUCUCAACAAGUUCUCGGGCAAGAUCAGCGGCUCUCGAAAGGCGUUCUCGGACACUAAUUUCGGUGUAAUGACCAGGUGCUACAUGACAUCCAUCAACCACCUGCAAGACUCAGUCAUCCAGGAUAUCUGGGAACAGGCGAAGGAGAUUGCCUUUAAGAGGCGCGGUGCACCCUCCGCUCCAGACGAAGACUCGGAGGAUGAGCGCGCACUCAUAGGGUUCUAG